AUGCCACUGGAGAAACUCCAAAUAUGGACUGAAUUUGGAUUGACGUCGAUGGUGAAAAAUUUGGAUCCCACUCGGCCAGUUAACUCUGUUUCAGGCUUCAACGAUUUUGGCGCCGGUGACUUUCAUGAUAAUCACCACUAUCCAUUUCCUCAGUGUGGAGCACCCUUCUACUCUCUGCCAUCAACACCCCAUGACCCAACCAGAAUUGCAGUUCAGGGAGAGUUCGGCGGGAUCGGGCACAUCCCCGGUCGUCAAAAUCUUUGGAACGUACAAAGUCAGCUUGACACUUUGAAUCAAACUUUCGAAAUCACAUCUACCAUCGAGAUUUGGAACUACAGAGCUACUCGCUUCAUAGAGGAUCUGAGGGAUCAAGCGCGAUUCUUUAGCUGUAGUGGUGGAAUAUACACUCAAACCACUGACGUAGAGGGAGAAACCAAUGGAUUACUCACUGUAAGCGGCCCUCAGCAAUUUUUUGUGUCUUACCAUGAACAAGAAGCUGAAAUUUUGAUUUCAACCCAGUACGAUUGCAGGCUUCUCCAACCCAAUAUUCAAAGAUGGCAGAGACUGAUCUCAGAAAUAUAUGCUGCCCCGCAUCAAGCCACUGCUGCAUAUGCGGCCUCCACAGUCAAGCCAGUCAAAUUCUCAGUCACCCUUGCAAACCAAUGA